UCAACAAGAUAAAUCAUGUUACCUGAACUGCAAAAGGUUAUUAGGUUGCUGAUGAUUCUGUGUAAACGCAACAAGCCUCAGAGGGGAGGAGGCUUACUGGUUCUACUGUGUACCCAGUACAGUUCCACUGGCACACAGCUGACAUGCACUGUUGCAGCUGCUGGAAAAUGGUUUGUCAGAAUUGCCAGACACAGACAAAUGGCAGAGGCUUUGGAGCUACUUCCUUCCUUUAUCUCUGUCUGUGAGUGUCCUUGUCAAGAAGAGCUCUACAAGUUUUCAGAAAAUGUUGGGUCUUUACAUUUCACCUGCUCCUUCCAGGUAGAUCAAGGGAGCCAGGAUGUGGAAUCAAAGAUUGAGAGAUUUCUUCAAAGAGUCAGUCUAGUUAAUUCUCAGGUUGACAUAAUUUUUCAAGUAAAGAAGAAUGAAAUCACACAACAACAAAUAUUCAGCAGCAAGAGCAGAUGUCUGAUGGAUUAUUUUAUUGCCAAGGACUGUGCUGCAUUUAUCCAGAGUACAUUCUCUGUGGGCUGCCUCCCUUCCUGUUGCCAGAUGCAUCUGGUUUUUGGGGAGAAACUCCAUCUCUUGCUUCCCUCUGAGGCUGUUGAGGCUGGGUUGUAUGGGGAGAUAAGUCUCACUUGCCUGGCAACCCUUGGACCUUGCAUGAACCGCUAUCCCAACUGGCCAGCUCGUCUAUCGCAUAUACACGUGUUAGCAUAUGGUCCAAGUGGAAUUCCCAUAAUGCGAGUAGAGGAACAGACACAGCUAAGUUUCAUCCAGAGCUUGGCAGAUCUGCCAUUUUGGAGAAAACUAGGUCUGACUGGAGUCUACUGUGCUUAUACAGACACUGCACAGGGCUCUCAGUUUUAUGAGGUGGAGUUUUCUACAGAAGAUGAGCACCACCCAGAUACUGAGCCUGCACAGAGCCAGGCUGUGAGUGAGGAUCCAAAAUCUGAAGUCCCUGCUGUGGAGCAAACCAUCACUGUUUUACUUCUCAUUCAGCACAGCGACCCUUUCCACUCUCAGCUCUUUGACUUUAUCUCGAGUGAAGAGAUUUUAGAGACGCAGCUGGACAGUGUGCUUUGGUGCAAUGCAAAGAAAGUGAGAUUGGCCCUGCAGUCUCUACUGGAAAACACCCUCAAGGGAUUUCUAAACAGAAAGAAGUUCAGGGAGAAGCUGCAGACUACCAUGUCUGUCAUUGUGGAUUCAGUAAACAGCAUUGUGAGCAGCAGCAGCAAUGCAGAGUUUCGCUCUGCCUGUUUACACAGCAUGAAGGUACAGAACACCAUUGAUCUGCCUGUAGCCUUGCAUCAGAAGCUUCAGAGAGUCAUAAGUAGCCGGGUUUUAUCCAGCUCCCAUUGUACUGCAGGAAAGUCUGUGGAGGCAGCUGUCUCUGAGCAGAAUGACAGGGAGAAUGUUGAAGAGGACUUUUCUGGUACGAGGUCUGAAAGAGAAGCAGGGGAGUCUCCUGUAAUCUCAAAGAGAUGGUUUUCAUGGACCAUGGAUGAGGAUUUGAAAUCAUCAGAGAGCAGCUGGGCGGGUAUGGACACCCAGAUGAACCCUCAGUCCUCUUCACAACAAUCACUGACACCUGACAUAGACUCCCAAAGCAUUACUAACCAGACAAAUCAAAAGGUUGAGAGGGAGUGGCUCGUUGAACUUGAAAAUCUCAGAAUCCAUUGUUGCUCUCUCCAUCUUGCCACUGCCAGGAUGUUCCCCUGCCUGGCCUAUAGACCAUGGCAAGUCUUAUGCAGGGUCUACAUGCAGCAGCGAGCCCCUCUGUCUCAGCUGCCCCCUAGAAUAACACGACCAUGCUAUAGUUGGCAGGGUGGAGGCAAGGACCACAGCCUGUGGCUUAGUUUUCCUGACCACCGAGGAGUUUCUUUGGCAUGGGCUCAGGUUCAGUACUAUUCUACUUCUGGCAGCGGUAAAGAUGGGCCACCAAUACCACCAGAAACAGAAGGAGCAAAACCCACUGAAAAAGUCUCCACCGCACAUCCCUCCAAAGAGCCAGCUGCUGCUGGUGAUCCCUCUGAACCCAAACCUCAGGGUCUAACAAAAGCAGAGAGCAUUCAAGUAAAAGUUAGGGCUGUACUGAAAAAGAGAGAGUAUGGUACCAGAUACACCCAGAACAACUUCAUCACUGCUGUGAGGGCAAUGAACGAGUUCUGUCUCAAACCCAGUGACCUGGAAAAGCUGAGGAAGAUCCGGCGACGCAGUCCCCAUGAUGACACUGAGGCAUUCACAGUCUUUCUACGUUCAGAUGUGGAGGCCAAGGCCCUGGAUGUUUGGGGCAGUACGGAGGCACUUGCACGGGAAAGGAAACUCAGAAGUGAGGUGGAGAGACAGUAUCAAGAAAAUAUAUUUCGAAAUCAGCAAUUGUUGAAGGAAUACAAAGACUUCUUGGGAAACACAAAACCUCGGUCAGGCAAGAGGGCAACUUUUCUUCAGGGCCCAGGAAAGGUGGUGAUGGUAGCUAUUUGCAUAAAUGGACUGAAUUUCUUCUUUAAACUUCUGGCGUGGGUGUAUACUGGAUCAGCCAGCAUGUUCUCAGAAGCCAUCCACUCCCUGGCUGAUACAUGUAACCAGGCUCUUCUGGCACUGGGCAUCAGUCAAUCUGUACGCAACCCAGACCCUGUUCACCCGUAUGGCUUCUCCAACAUGCGCUACAUUGCAUCCCUCAUCAGUGGAGUGGGCAUAUUCAUGAUGGGUGCUGGACUGUCCUGGUACCAUGGCAUUAUGGGACUUCUGCAUCCUCAACCAAUUGAAUCGCUUCUCUGGGCAUACUGUAUUUUGGCUGGAUCUCUGGUGUCUGAAGGAGCAACGCUGCUGGUGGCCAUUAAUGAGAUCAAGAAGGGUGCUCAUAAGCAAGGAAUCUCCUUCUAUGAAUAUGUAAUGCAGAGUCGAGACCCCAGUACCAAUGUGGUCCUGCUGGAGGAUGCGGCAGCUGUUCUGGGAGUGAUUAUGGCUGCCGGAUGUAUGGGUCUAACCUCUCUUACAGGCAAUCCAUAUUAUGACAGUCUUGGUUCUCUGGGAGUGGGCACUCUUCUAGGCACGGUUUCUGCAUUCCUCAUUUAUACCAACACUGAGGCUCUGCUGGGCCGCUCCAUUAGGGCCGAACACCUUCAGAAGCUCACAGAGUUCCUGGAAAGUGACCCUGCCGUCAGGGCAAUUCAUGAUGUGAAGGCCACAGACAUGGGGCUAAGUACAGUGAGGUUCAAGGCGGAGGUGGACUUUGACGGGCGGGUGGUUACACGUUCCUAUCUGGAAAAGCAGGACAUUGAUCUGAUCCUCCAUGAUAUUCAGCAGGUGAAGACUCCAGAGGAGCUGGAGGCUUUUAUGCUGAAACAUGGAGAGAACAUUAUAGACACACUGGGAGCAGAAGUGGACCGUCUGGAGAAAGAGCUUAAGCAACGCAAUCCGGAAGUACGGCACGUGGAUCUGGAAAUCCUCUAAUGCUGUGACCUAUGUAGAGAGGCAGCGCCAGUUGGGCAGAAAUAAAUUGCCGGACAGUGGAAGGAUGAUAAAUGUAACCUGGACUUUGAGUGACCCAGCUCGGACCCACCAGUCAGACGAAGUCUUACUUUUCAGCAGCCCCACACCAUCCAAGUUCUCGCCAGCACUGCAUGAAACCUGUUGAUAAGCUUACAGUGCAGAAACACAAAAAUGAGGUUUGCUGCUAAAUGCACUAUAGGUCCGAGGGAAAUCUGUAACUGGACCAUUUUUCAGUAAGCAGUCAUGAACUGACCUCAGGUUUAUGUACAGGAGUGCUGGUCUAGGAUCAUGCCUAUUAAAGAUGUAUUUAGUAGUAUUUAAAAGACAUAUUCUAAAACAGCACUCUGAGAUGAUGCAUAAGGUUUGUUAUUUCAGAAGAUUUAUAACUUUUAACAAAUGACAAAACUCUUCUGCUGAACAGUUUUGACUCUUGUUUAAAGAUUGUGGAACUUGUGGAGUGUAACUCCUAGUGGGCUUCUGCAAACAGUUUUGUUAAUGAGUUUGGAGAAGCACCAAACAAAGCACACUCAAAUGGUCUUUGCUACAUUAGAUCAUAUGGGUAGGACUGGACUCGGAUCAGUAAAGGACCAGUGUCUCUUAUUCUUUGUCCUCAAAACAAAAAUUCACUUCCUACUCCACAAGUAUUCUAUUUAUUUACAGUGCAAAGCAGAUAUGGUGGAUAAGCAUGUGGGUCAGUAUGUAUGCAGUGGCUUUUUGGAAUUGAAUUCUUAUAUAGAACAUGCAGACACUACUUCCCUGAAGCUCUGAUGUUUGUUAGUUGUGAUCGUUCAGUUUAUUGCAAAGAUGAUUUGUUUUGUUUAAGAGACAAGUGUGAUCGGUUUUUACAUUUCUAAGAGCUGGCUGGAUAUACUGAGCCACAUAUGAACUUAGUGUGUUUAGAGCUACUCUAAAGUGGUCAGGUUACAUUUUUUGUUUGUUUGUUUAUUUUAACAUUGCUUUUGUGUAGGUCUGGCAUGAUAACUCAUUUUGUUUAAACAGUAUAAUGUCCCAGAAUUUAUUUCAGUACAAGCAAGAUUGUCAUUUUAUGCCACUAGGAAAAUUACUAUAUAAAAGCACAAUAAAGCAAUUGCACUCUUUUUUUAAAGAGCGGUUUACUUAAAGGAGAUUCGUUUUCAAAUAUCCUAUAAGUAAAACUCUUUUUAUACACAAAUUUGACAUCUUUCACAUUGAUGGGCUCUCUUAAAAUGAUGGGCUUUCUUAAAACAGCCAGUAUGGCCAAAAUUGAGGUCAGUAAAAAUAUUUGUAGUCAUGUCUAUAUAUUGAGCAAGUCAAUAAUGUAGUUACCAUGACAGGCCUACUUAUGUGUCUGUUGUAAAUUUAAUUUAAGUUCAUUUUAUCUUUGAUAUCAGAGCGCUGACCCAGGUUCAGCUUUUUAGCCCACUUUUGCUCUUAGUAACCUACAUGCUUCAGGACAUGAAAGAUGAAGCUGAUAUCAAUCUCUCAUGUCAAAUUUGCCAUGUUAAUGCAACACCAAUAUGGAAAGUUAUUUCUGUAACAAUCUGCUCCAAGAUGCCCUGCAGAAAGAAUAAUAUGAGUUAGAUUGUUUUGUGAUGCCAGAAUACUAAAGGAAACUCUAAUGCCUAGGGCUGGGUAUCAAAAUUCUUUACUGUUACGGAUAUAAUGUUCAAAAUGAGCUUUUAAAGAGUUAACAUUACAGAAAUGUGACUUUUUUUUCUUUUUGAAUUACCAGUGUGCAUUUGGAAAUUGAGGUGCAAAAAAACUAACCAAAUUUACACACAUUUUUUUGUUUAGCUGACAUCAGUAUAGCAUUAUCUGUUUAUACUGAAGUUAAAGAACAAAAUUAAUUUACAUAAGACACAGGAACAAAAAUAGACUAUUUAGCUAAGGUAUAAAUAGGGUUGGUACAUAGUCAUGUGAAAGUAAAUUUAUGCAUAAAACCACAUGUAUGCCAUCACUGAAAUUUAGACAAUAUGUAAUGAUAAUUUUAAAUAUUAUUCAUUCUAAAAAAGUCCAUGUCUUACGAUACCUAUGAGGUCAGUAUAAUGUGCACCCAAGAAACAUGCUAAUUUAAAAAUCUAGAUUGGUGAUUGGCUGUGUAAAUUAUGCUCAUUUGCAGGUUAUUAAUUUCAAUACUACUGUCAUUUUACUGUAGAUUAUAAUAUUAACAAAGGUACUAGAAAUGUUUAAAGAAGUUAAAUAAAAGAAGAAACAAAAUAUUUUAAUAUCCAGCCCUACUAACGCCAGAUAAAGAAGCAGUAAUGUACAGCCAGUACCCGUGUAAAGCUCCUCUGAUUCUGUGAAGAAUGUGCAGACAGACUGUACAUUUCAUCAUCCUCCCUCUCUGCGAACACUAACAUAAUGCCAACAAAAUACUGUUAUACACACUUCUCCAUGUUACCCUAAAGGAGCGACAUGAUAAUCAGUCGAUAAACAUCCCAACACAAAGCAGGUAUUCUGCAUCUCUCUCUCCACUGUAAAUAAUCACAGGCUGUGAAAUAGCCAUUCUCUCUAUCAGUCCUGGUGAAUGUAGUGAUGUUCAUUAAAAAAAAUACAAAACUCUAGAUUCAGCUAAACCAUCCAUCUGUGCUUAACAGCUCAUGUCUCUUGUAGUGAUCUGUUGGAGAAAAACGGGGAAAAUGUGAAUUCCUCUACCCGUGCUACAUACUGGACAUUAUCACACCUGUAUUAUUAAUUACUGCAUAUUCUCCUCAUUGACAGGAACUCAAUGUUACAUUUCCAAAAGGCCAAGGCUUCUGUGAGCUUAGUUCAAGGGUGAAGUCCUCCUUUCUCAGCAAGAGCUCUUUAAGUUUUUUUUUUUUUUUUUCUCAGACUGGGGUUAGGUUUGUUACAGGUCCUCUAUAUUAUAUUUUAAUAAAUGUUUAUUAAUGAUUGAUUAGCAUAAUGGACCUGUAACCGAAGUUAAAAGAAUAAACUGCAAUUAAUUUAUGAAACAA